UCUGACUCGCUCCGCUUCCGGCCGGCCUCAAUUCCGCUUCCGGUCCGACUCUGGCGUCUUUGCUGAGGGUCACAUUGAGCUGCGAGGUGCUUCGGGGGUGUCUUUAGGACUCAGCACCAUGGCAGAAGACAUCAAGACCAAAAUCAAGAACUACCAGACUGCCCCUUUUGACAGCCGCUUCCCCAACCAGAACCAGACCAGGAACUGCUGGCAGAACUACCUGGACUUCCACCGCUGUGAGAAGGCGAUGACUGCUAAAGGGGGUGAUGUCUCCGUGUGUGAAUGGUACCGGCGUGUGUACAAGUCCCUCUGCCCCAUAUCCUGGGUGGCAGCCUGGGACGACCGCCGGGCGGAAGGCACGUUUCCUGGGAAGAUCUGAACUGGCUCUACCCACCUCUCCUCCGUACUCCAUCCUUCUCCUAGGGCAGUGAAGGGGGACCUGGGUACAUGGUGAUCCCCACCCUGGGAUCCUGAAGCAUGGCUUAACUAAUAAUAAAUACUCAUUGGAAAAGUGUAAGACUGUGUAUGUGUGAAAGAGCUGGAUGAUCGGGCAAGAAGCUGGGGUAGAAUUAGUACCUUGACCAGUAAGAGGGGCUUCAGGGUGAUUGUUUUUUUUCUGUUUUGUUUUGUUUUGUUUUAUGUUAUGUUAUUAAACUGACUGCCUUCUCUA